CUGCCAGGCAGCCGAACCGCCGAGCCGCCGAGCAGCCAAGCCGCCCAGCAGCCGAGCCGCCCAGCAGCCGAGCCGCCCAACAGCCGAGCCGCCCAGCAGCCGAGCCGCCCAGCAGCCGAGCCGCCCAGCAGCCGAGCCGCCCAGCAGCCGAGCCGCCCAGCAGCCGAGCCGCCCAGCAGCCGAGCCGCCGAGCCACCGAGCCGAGCCACGGAGCCGCCGAGCCGCCGUCGAGCCUCUACUGUUCCUACCGACGCGCACCGGCCCUACCCACCCGGACUGGGUCGUGCUGUUGACUUUGAGGUCUGGGUCGAUGACCUCGAGCUCUUCCUACAGUGCGAUAGGGCAGACGGAUUCUCCCUGUUCGAUCUCACCUCUGGUGCCUCUCCUGCCCCGCCUGCUGAUGCUGACACCACUGUUCGCUCACAGUGGGCCACACGCGAUGCUGCUGCCCGUCUUGCUGUGCGUCGCCACUUACCGGCCGCUGAGCGUGCGCACUUUAGUCAGUACAAGAGUGCUAAGACCUUGUACGACGCUGUAGUUGCACGCUACUCUUCCCCUGCCACUGCUGCUCUUAGUCGCCUCAUGCUGCCGUACCUGUUCCCUGACCUUGCUGCCUUUCCCACAGUCGCUGAUCUCAUUACGCACCUUCGCACUAGUGACACUCGCUACCGCGCUGCGCUUCCUGCUGAGUUCUGUGCCAAAAACCCUCCCCCCAUGUACAUCACCCUCUACUACAUAGUCACCCGGCUCCCUGACUCCCUUCGCUUAGUCAAGGACCACUUCCUCUCAGUUUGCCCCACCAUACUCACCGUUGACCUCCUCGAGGAGCGCCUCUUGGCAGCAGAGAAGAGCAUAGUCGCUGUAGGAGCCUCUCGUGGUGACCCUCGUACCCCCGUCUUUGAGGGGUGUUCCCCCUCCCCCCUCUUGCCCUCUGUUGCUUCUGCUGCUGCGGCCGACCUCGUUGGCUUCGAGUCGGUCGGCGCUGCGUCUGCCCCUAGCGGGAGACGCCGCACCGGCAAGGGCAAGGGGGGCAAGGGCGCUGGAGGGGCUGGCGGGGGCAGUGGAGGUGGCGGUGGAGGCAGUGGAGGGGGUGGGGGUGGUGGUGGGAGUGGUGGUGGGGGUGGAGGUGUCGGUGGCAGCAGUGGAGGCGGAGGAGGCGGAGGCGGUGGCGGUGGGAGCGGAGGCGGCGGAGGUGGCGGAGGCGGCGGCGGCGGCGGUGGAGCUGGUCGCGGCUCUGCACAGAGGAGUGGCUCCGGUGGUGGUCAGCGCCAGCAGCAGCAGCGCACUCGUGAAACCCCGUCCCCCCAGCAGCUUCGUGAGUGGUGCUGGUGA